CGGCGGUGGCCCUGCGGCUGGUGCUGUGGACUCAGUCCCGGCGCGGGUGCGACUCUCCGGCCGUGGGCCUUACUCUUUCGCGCCCUGCUCCGGCCUCGACCACGGCGAGCCUCAGCGCGGCGGCGGCCCACCCGCGGCCCUAGGGAGAGAUGAGCAGCAACAGCAAUAAGAGAGCUCCAACCACAGCAACACAGAGGUUGAAGCAGGACUACCUUCGCAUUAAGAAAGACCCAGUGCCUUACAUCUGUGCGGAGCCCCUCCCUUCAAAUAUUCUCGAAUGGCACUAUGUUGUCCGAGGCCCUGAAAUGACACCUUAUGAAGGUGGCUAUUAUCAUGGAAAGCUAAUUUUUCCCAGAGAAUUUCCAUUUAAGCCUCCUAGUAUUUACAUGAUAACCCCCAAUGGAAGGUUUAAAUGCAAUACAAGGCUGUGUCUGUCCAUCACAGAUUUCCAUCCAGACACGUGGAACCCAGCCUGGUCUGUCUCCACCAUCUUAACCGGUCUCCUGAGCUUCAUGGUAGAGAAGGGCCCCACAUUGGGCAGCAUAGAGACAUCGGACUUCACGAAAAGACAGCUGGCAGCACAGAGUUUAGUGUUUAACUUAAAAGAUAAAGUCUUUUGUGAAUUAUUUCCUGAAGUUGUGGAGGAAAUUAAACAGAAACAGAAAGCACAGGAUGAAUUAAGUUGCAGACCUCAGACUCUUCCCUUGCCAGAUGUGGUUCCUGACGGGGAGACACACCGCGGCCAGAAUGGAAUUCAGCUCCUCAAUGGGCAUGCCCCAGCAGCUGGCCCAAACCUUGUUGGGCUCCCACAGGCCAACCGGCACCACGGACUCCUGGGAGGCGCUUUAGCGAACUUGUUUGUUAUAGUUGGGUUUGCGGCCUUUGCCUACACGGUCAAGUAUGUGCUGAGGAGCAUAGCACAAGAGUGAGGCACAAGAGCCACUACCUACAGUUGCUGCUGAGGGACACGGGGGCCAGAGCUUGAUGCAGGCAGGAUGGACAUGCUGCCAAGUGCAGGGCAGCCUGCUGGACUCAUGGGCUUCACUUUCUAAAAACCUUGAAAGCAAAAACCAAAAUGUGUGAUUUGGAGGAAACUGGAGAUCCCUCUUGCCCCAGUGUGGUGUGGUGUCUGUUGGGGGCUGAUGUGGACAAGGGCCACUCACGCUUUGGUUUUAUUGCUUAUCUCCUAUGUUGUCUUUUGGACUUGUUUAGUAAAUCUGUUUUUCAUUUUAUUAGAUUUGGUCAUUUCAAAAUAUAAAAUUCAAUGCCUAUCAUGCUCUGUGUCCAUUCUUAGUGGAGCUCCUGACCACUUAGCAGAAGAGCCAGAGGCAUUGGGUUGGGGCCAGUGCCACAGCCUUGUCCAGUAUGGUAGAGGCUUAGUGGGAGUAGAUGAGCUGGCUGGUAACAGCUUGUGGAUGGGGAUCUAGCAGAGGAGUCAUUUGGCCUCAUAAUAAAAAUGUAUAUAUGGCUGAUUAGAAUGAAACAGAACUCCUUCCACAAAGUGCUUGUUCUGGCUGGCUCUUGUUAAAGUAGAAGAGUCAGCCUGCUUUCUGACCACAAGGUGUCGCACUUAGAGCAGCUGCUGAUGUCUGUAGAUAGGGCUGGACAGGUUUAUCCCAAGUGUAGGCGGUCAGCAUUAGUGCCCCACCUCUCCUUCUAGCUCCUCUGAGUGAUGAGAGAGACUGGGCUCCCUGGAUGCCUGCAGAACGUUUUCUCUGAAUUCCUCAUGACCAUUUGGCCAGAAGCCCACCCAUCCUCCUCUGCCUGUGGAAAGUAGAGAGCUAAGUAAGGUCCCUGUGGGCCAGUUUUGUGUAUUUUAGGGCUUCUGAGGCGCUGGUCCAAGUCCCUUAAUUUACCUAAAAGGGGGCUAUAUUGUCCUUUUCCAGGUGACUUGUGUUUCUACAGAUCAUGAAAGAGGGUAUUGCCCCAACUUUAGUGUCAAAGCUAGUCAGGUCUUAGUUUUCAGGUGCUUGACUCCCUGUAUGACCAUUAUCCUCCCCAUUUAUCUUUUGUGUUUGAGUCUACCUGAACUAGUCACAAUGUUUGGAAAAGCUGACAUCUGUGAGGCACCACAUGGAGGCAGUGACAACUGCCCAGUGGUGGAUGCAGCCACAGGCCACCACCAGGGACCCUAUAAAGGCCACUAAGCCAACCUAAUACCAGAGACCAGGGAGGUUGAAGCACAUAGCCUGUUGACAUUCUGCUUUUAGCCAGUUUUUUUGAAGUUGCUCUAUAAGUUACCACUAAGUAUGUAUGUAGCCCACUCUUGUGAAAAGUCUUUUGUACACCUUGGUUCUUAAAUGUAUUGUGCCUGUGUUGGUGAAGACCCUGGCCCUCCCUGGUGGCCUGUGAGUAGGGUCACACCUGCCUGUCCUGGAGAGGGCAUAUUGGUAUAAAGGACGGGUCCGCUUUUUGAUAUCCAUGGUUGGGCCUAGCUCUACCUAGUCUGGAGCUGUAGACAUGCAGGGUCGUGUGCAUGGUGUGGUGGCAGUGAGUGGAGCCCUGCAGACCUGUACUCCUCUCCUGCACUAGACAUUAGUCCUGCCCUGUUCUAGGCCUGCUCAAGAGCACUUGUGUGACCAGCAGCAUCAACUCCAAACUCUCCAUGUUUCUCAAAUGCUAGAAGACUUAGUUUAUUUAACAUGUGUUCUAUGUAUGUGAAAUCUUGGCUUUUAACAGCCCUUGGUCAAUGGUAGAGGUGGACCCUGUGGUGCCCAUGGCUUGUUGCCUGCACUGACCUCAAAUAAAAGGUGACCUUUGUCCUCUUGGACCAAGUA